AUGAAAAAAUGGCCAACACCUUUUAAUCAACCAUUAAUACCUUUUUUUAUAGCGGGAGGUCUUGUAUUUUAUGGUGUUUAUCGAAUGGCUGAUGCGAUGAUGCAAUCUGAACCAUAUAUAAAUGAUCCAAGAAAUCCAAGAGGCAUUUAUUCUUAUUUUAUUUUCUACAUUAAAACUUAUUCAUUUUUAUAG